GAGCCAAGAUUCCAUUCCCCCAAAGGGGCUACCAAAAUCUGACCCCCGGGAAGUCAACCAAUUCCCUGGUGGAUCAAUAAAAAAUAAAGAAUCCCUAGCAAACAACAAGAUGGAUGGCUAUCAGGAAAAGCCAAAAAACAAAGAAUCCCCGGCACACCGAAAGACUUUAUUAGAAAGGUCCAAAAGCAUUUACCAAAAUAGAAAUCACUCCCCAUGGAGCCGGCACAUGAGCCAUCUGAACAGUAAGCCACCACUACCACCAGCCCUACGCAGCGGACUGUACCAACCUGAUAGGGGGUUCAUACCUAUCAACCUGCACAUGCGGUGCACCUGA